AUCAAAUUUUGCGCAACAUAUCGGAGUCAUGCGUUAGGUCAUAAUUUUACCGGAAGUAUAUUUCGCUAAUUAAACACGUGCGUGUCUCGACCAAUGAGAAUUCGCGUCUACCCGCAAUGCAUGCUGCACAUCCAUAUAUGGUCAAGCCGCAUGACUGCUCUCGACAUUGUGGGCAUUGCGCCAUUGCAGAAUGUCAAGCUAGUUUGGCGGGAAGGAUAUUCAUUUGCCGACACCGAAUUUUGUUCAACUUUCUCCAUUCUUAUAUUGAAUACAAGGUAAGUAGAAGGCUUUAUAGGCAAGGCCUUAAGGUCUUUUCCGUUGGAGAAAAGGAGACGUUUUGCUGUGAAUUUUGAAGACACAAAGACAAAGUGACGACUGUCAGACAUGCAUGACUCACGAGUUUAUUUAUAUAUACCUCACCUUCGCUUGCAGACUGUCAAAGUAAAUGGCUCAACAUUCUACUUCGUAUUCAAGUCUUAGCCGAGCACAGUUAACCGUCGAAUAUCUUCACACAAACAGGUAAGUUGUGGCCGUUUUGAGAGCUUUUACGUCGCUUUGUGGCUUGAAUUCUUGCGAAAAAAGUAUCGGAUAUACUUGGCCAUGUGUUUUGUUGUGGAGACGAGCUGUCUUUGCGCUGAGCUAUUGAGGGCUGUUAUAAUAGUUUUUCCUGUGGCUAAAAACACGUCAUUGCAAGAUUUGGUAUAGUUGUACGUAUUCCAGGACAAUAAUUGUUGGUCAUUUGGAUUUUCUGAAGAGAAAUGGUCAGAGUAUGGUAUUUAAAUUCGAGCGAAGAAAUGCUUCAUCAUUCAUCAAGACAUAGUCGCGUGAAUAAACAUUUAAACGUUUAAUAACAUUUCCUUUCGUCCCGUUACGCUAACAGAACAAUAUCCUGAACAUAAUUUGUGUUUGAUUAUAGAAAUGCACUAUUUCAUCCGGCCAAAACUCAUGAAACUAUGAACACUUUGCUUUUGAGUUUCGAGGUGUCGCAUAUAAGAAGAAUGUUUCAUACAAUAACAAACAUUCCAACGUCAAGAAAAUAUACACUAGCGAUUUGGACUAGAAAAUUUAGCCGUUUGAAACAUAAUUUCGUGCUUAAAUACCGCCUACAUGCAUUAAUUUUUAGUUAAAAGCAAAUUGGUGAAGGUUUGUUAAUUUAGCCUUGUCAAAAGGUUGAAAUAUUCAAGUUGAAAUGAGACACUUCAAUUCACACAGCGGCAAGAACACAACCGGCGUCUGUGACUUUGUUGUUGCGCGUUGCGGCAAACAAGAAACUUUAUAACGACGUCUUUAAUACUGUAUAUUGCUCACGUUUCAGUACAACUCAUGAAUUCUUAUUUGGAGCUUUGGCUGAAUUGGUGGAUAACGGACGGUAUAGUAUAGCUUCUUCACGCUAUUCAGCGCGUUUGAACAAUUGCGUGUCUUCCCAGCUUGCCAGCGAUCAAAAGUGCAUUCAAUAUGCUAACACGCGAGAGUCAGCACUUGUGAGUGUUUCAAGUUAAGACAGCUGCUGUUAGUUAUUAUGUAUUGUAUUCCCUGUAAAAAUGCUUUUCUUGUGUUAGAAUUAUUGGGAAAAUAAUUCCAGAUGAACGCUAUUCUGUGGUAUUGGAAUUUGCUUAGCAAAGCACAUUUUAAUUGACUACCGGUGGGGAUGCAUUCUCGGAUGUAUUUAUAAUAAAACUCGUUACUGAAAAGUAACUGUGGUUUUCUAGACAUUUUAAGUAUGUGUAUCAAUACUGUGAAGUAAUUUUAAUAUCUAUGUAGAUAUUUCCAUGUAGAUAUUAAUUGAAUUUGUAAAAAUAGCAACUGACAUAUUCAUUGUGACAUUUUCUCUCCAACAGGGAUGCAGGAGCCACGAAAAUGGAGAUCUUUACAGGUUAGUGGAUGUUGUUAUUUUGAUUCAAAAUAUUCAUCUAUUCUCUUUGAUUGCUUUUAGCAAUGUUUGCUAUAUCCACUCGAUAAAGAGCAGCAUUUGGAAGGGGAAUUAGUGAUGAUAGAAGCUAUUGUGCAACAUGUUAUACAUUCUUUGCAUAUCUCAAGUCACAAGAUCCAGAAAUACCAGUUGGGUGCCAGUUUUGGUCAAAAGAAAGAGUCUAUUCAAUAUUAUUUGAAUAGUGGCUGCUCAACAAUCUUGUGAAUCAAUCUAUCUGGGAUCAGGCAAUCAAAGUUAAAUAGAUCUGAAUUGCCUUCUGGAGUGAUCGCAAAUGCUGUGGUGGGCCUGCAAUUAGUGUGAAAUGAAAAUUGGUCGAGAAUAACAGUGCCAGAGUUUGAUAGGAUUGGCAUAUGGGAUUUAGUUUCAUUUCCUGUUGAGAAUAUUGGUCCGAAGCAUUCAACUAAGGCAAAAGUUGCACACGUCAGUAUUAAUCAUCACAAUUGCCCUGUGGAGCAAUUUAUAUUUUCAUUGAAUGAAAGAAGUGAUGGGCAGUGUGGCACAAAUAAUUUGCUUUCAUUUCCUGUUGUCCAUUAUUGGUCCAAACCAUUCUAAAGUUUAAACCAAGAUAUCAAUGAAAUACAGAGGUAUCGAUUGCAAAUAGUGAAAGCAAGACAGAGGAAACACAGUGAUGAUUCUUCAGAAAGUGCCAUUCCUCAAUUAGAAUCUAGAAUAAUCCUUAAACAUCACAUCAAAACUAUGGUGGAGUCUAUAAUAGCAGUCAUCAAGAUGAAUCUUUGGUGUUUCAGCAAAUUAUGAAACUGGCCUAGGGAAGUAAAUAUAAUGGUCUACAUUGAGCAAGGAAGGUAUCCAGUGAUAAAGAGGUCAGAAAGUUGAUGUUGAAGAGAAUUGUAGUAGCAUAUUUUAUUUAGCCUUAUAAUGAAACCAAGCACACAAUAUUCUCCACAGAAACACAGCCAUAAUGAUUACUACAAGUUUUGAUAAGUGUCAUGAUAGAGCCUGUAUGGACCACUGGUUAACAUCAUUUUGCACAUUCAUUAAAUCAACUGUCACAGAAAAAUAACCAAUUUUAUAUGUUGACAAUAAAGCUGGCAAAUGAUGUUGUUUUCCUGCAUUUAUGAGCAAGUUUGGAACAGAAGCAGUUUUGAAUGUGGCAAUUAAUUAAAUUAAAGGAUGGCCCAUUAUUCCUUGAUGAAAAAUCAUGUCAGUCUUAAAGUACAGUAGCAGAAUUGAACAGUUGUCAAGAGGAAUUAUAUAUGGUCCCAAAAAUUCAUGGAAACAGAAUAUGUGUGGUCUUAGAUGGUGUGAAAUUGAUCAACCUUUGACAAGAUCUAUAAUCAGAUGACAAAGAAUAAGUGUGCUGAAGAGAGAUUGAUUCACCUUGGAUUAUCACAGAAUAUAUGUUCAUAAGACAGAACCCAAGUCAUACCAUGGGAAUUAAUAAUAAUUUGUAACUCCCCAUACCCAUGGUCAUACAGAGAGCCUGUCACAUGCAGACAAAAACUACAAGUGUUAAAAUGACGAGUUUCUGAGUAUUUAAAACCUUCAAACGUCUAUUAUCUGGCAGAUAUUGAUUGCCAGAUGUCUCAUAUUGCCAAAUAAACCGAAAAUUGGUUAGAAAAUGUAGUAGCACUAGACAAAACAUGCAAUUUCCAAUUGUUUGAGAAUCUAGAACAUGCUGAGGCGAAUUCAGAGAUGACCAACUUGUGAUGAUACAAAAUAUUCAAGAAGUUAUAUGAACUAAAACGUGAUUAACCCAGAAACUGAGAAGGAAAUGCUCUAAGAUUUAAAUCAAUACAAAUACAAGAAAAUGGCGACAAAAAGGAUCGAUUAAAUGCGAUGUUUUGCUCAAUGUUUUGCAUUGAGAAAUGGUUGUGUCAAGAUGGCUUACUCAAGAUGCGUUUGUAGUGGCUGUAUGGAAAACAUUUAAUUCUUUUAUCUGUCAAAGAAGUGGUUUCGUUGAGUGAAUGUGACAGAGCCUUGUGUAGAAUGAAUGUAAAGAAAAAAACGGUAAGACAGGAUAGGCUCUACAGACGAACCAGUGUUUGCAGGUAUGAUGCUAAGUUGAAAGUUGAAUACUUAAUAGUAAGUUUUCUUUGUAAAUUAUAUACUUGAAUUAUAUACUAUACUAUAUUAUAUAUAGAUUAGUUUGUACUUUGGAAAUUACGGUUCUGCAAAUACAGAGCCAGUUCGGAAAUUUGAAAUUACAGGAUUUCAAAUAUAUUGCCGUUUGAAUAUCAGACAACAAGGGAAAAAAUUUAAAAACCUGCAAUGUGAAACUGUAUAUCGCUUUUUGAAUAAGAAUACAAAGACCUGCUUUUAGUUCCUUAUACGGAAAAUGAGUUUCCCGCCCAAAACAUUUCAGAACUGUCAAGUUUUUAAAGUUGAUGAGAGAAGACAACUACACCGUGAAUGUAUAUCGAAAUGAAACAAAUUACUCGUCCAAUUUAUAACUUUUCGAGCAAAACCCGUAAAUUCGCAGAGUAUUGCCAAUGAAAAAUAAGACAAUUUAAAAUAUUGGUAAACUUGGCUAUUCAAAAAAGUCCUGCAAACACUACAACACCUAAAUAUGCAACACGAACGUCCUGACAUCCAGCGCAAAGGUAUUUCCAAUAACAAGAUAAAGUCGUUGAACAAAGAACGGAAAAACAAAAUACAAGUGUUCUAGCCACAUAAAUUUUGAAACCAAUGGUAUAUUUGGCCAGCCUACUGUACGAAAUUCUGUCUAAAUGUUUAUUUCAACUAUUACAAACCGCUCGCACACAGCAAUUGAAGGAGACCAACUGCAACAUUUCAAGAAAACGCGAAGGGAAAAGAAAUGCAUCAUCGAAAUGAAGAUAAUGAUGGAGACCGCAAAGUUUCGUUUUUGUGUGAUGGCUUGGUCGUAGCUUCGUGAAAUAAGUCUGUUUUAUUUCUUUCGUAAAGUGCAGACGAACUCUAUAUAGACGCGUCUAUACUGUUUGGCGACGCUAAAAACCGUUUGGCAAGAAAACCAGUCUGUGUUCAAAUACAAAAAGAAGCCACACUUUCUCUAUAUGUUGUCCAAUUGUGGUGCAAACUUGAUAGGAGGGUGAAGCGAGCGUUUGAUGAGUUAUUUUGUGAUUCCCAAGAGAAAUGGCGAACGACAUUAAAAGAGACAUGUAAGAAAAGUUUACACAGCAUGAAAUGUGAAGGCAAACGUACACGAAAUUAACGCAAUUGACCAGGAAGAACGCUCCGAAAGGAUGAACCAACGGUAAACGACAGCACCUUACCAUCGGUUAUAUUCAAAUCCCGACUUCACAUUCCGACAGCCAGUAAUGUCAACUACUUACAAUCACCAAGUCUUAGAGAAGGCAACGCCAUUAUUGCGCUCAAUGGAUAUUAUUUGUAUUGAACGCCAGAAGUCGAGAUCAUUCACUUCAGGCCAGACAAUUUUUGGAAUCUCGUCAAUCUUUAGUCUUUACAAUAAAUUCCAUUUUGUUUUGAAGGACCCAAGUCACCCAACCUGUCUUGGAAAUUGAUACACUCUGCUCUUGAGUCUAGCCAUGCAUGCAAAGUUGAUUCUAACUGACGAGAUAACGUUGGAUUUUUGUUUCUUACAGUUGCCAGUAAUAACGUCUUCGGCAAAUAUCUGCUGUGCUUUUGUGACGAUGGAGAAGGCAUGGAUCCAAGUACGUGAAUACAUGCAUUGUUACAUUCUAUAUUCCUUUUGGUAUUUUCCGUGAAGUACAAGUAAACAUAACAACUUAUGUAAAGUUAUUGUAUUGGUAAAGUAGGCAUAAUAUACACCUAUACACUAUUAUUAGAUAAACUAUGAUUUUUUAGCCAAGUGUAGAAUAGUAACGGGUUUAACGUUUUUGAAGUACAUUUGUGAAACUCCUUAGUGUAGAAACACAAAAGAAAGCAUAACCGUGAAGGAGUUUGUAUAUCUGAUACAAAAUCAUGCCGAUUUACAUAAACUUUUAAGUUCAAUUUUCUCACCAAAUAUCAUUCAUUUAUUUUAAAUUGUUGAAGAAUACGAAUAUUCUCAUCAAGACGUUUUACAAGCCAAAUAUACAACAUCAGCGGCCAUGUUGUAUCGGAUAUACAAACUCGAGCCGAAUGCAGAUAGUACAUAAAAAUCCGUCAAAUUAGGUGAUCUACAAAUUUGUAAUGUUAGGUGAAAUGUUAUUUUGUAGCUGAAGUAUCGAACGUAAUACAGUUCGGUCGCUCCACGAAACGUGUGAUGGAUUCCAAAAUGAUCGGACAAUACGGCAAUGGUCUUAAAUCGUAAGUACAGGAUCUAAACAGGAAGAAAUCAAGAAGUUUUUAAAAAGGAAGAAAUUUAACACAACGUUCUCUUGUUACAGUGGUUCAAUGCGUAUUGGCAAAGAUAUGAUCUUGUUUACAAAAAAGUAAGUUGCAAACUUAACAAAUGUGAAAACCAGGAAAGGGUGUUUCCGUUAAAAAAAAUGGUGGAGUAAAUACCUUCGGCGUCUUUACAUUGUCAUUUCUACUGUUGUUUCUUGACUUACUUUCCUGAGUGUCUCAUCAAAUGUUGGACGAUCAGAUCUUCUCAUUCUUAACAUUUCCUCUUUAAGCACACCUCUUGUUACACUUUCAAUAUACAACCAUCAAGCCAUUUUGAUUUUGUAAAAAAAGAAUCUUUUGAACGUAGUUUUUAAUGUGCCAUGUUUUAUUGAAGACUCCACCGAUGUAAUUAUUUUUCUUGGAAACUUUCUCCCAGGCAUGGAACGAUGAGCUGUCUGUUCUUGUCUCGCACGUUUCACGAACGAGAGGGAAUUAACGAAGUAAGUGAAACCUUCAAGAAGAGAGAUCAAAUAUGGAUGAUACGAUAUCAAAAUAAAUUUUCUUUAUUGUACGAGGUGGAGUCUUUCAAAUACAACCAUGUUCUUCUGUAGGUGGUAGUUCCAAUUCCUUCCUGGGAUGUGGCGACAAAGAAACCGCUCGGCAGGUCAAAACGAGAGCUAGAAAAGGUACAAUCGAAAUUUGAAGAAUCUUCCUAGAGGCUAAAACAGGAACGACCUUAAUGAACCUCUGUACAGUUUAGAACUGAUAGAAAUAUUCAUAUAAAGUUGAGAACAGUUUAGAACUGAUAGAAAUAUUCAUAGAAAGUUGAGAACAGUUUAGAACUGAUAGAAAUAUUCAUAUAAAGUUAGAACAGUUUAGAACUGAUAGAAAUAUUCAUAUAAAGUUACUUGAAUUUAGUUUUUCUCCUGUCCUCACAACGAGUAAGGGAAGCGUGGCCGUUACUGGACCUCCAGAAAGACCGGUUUAGAACUGAUAGAAAUAUUCAUAGAAAGUUGAGAACAGUUUAGAACUGAUAGAAAUAUUCAUAGAAAGUUGAGAACAGUUUAGAACUGAUUGAAAUAUUCAUAUAAAGUUAGAACAGUUUAGAAUUGAUAGAAAUAUCCAUAUGAAGUUACUUGAAUUUAGCUUUUCUCCUGUCCUCACAACGAGUAAGGGAAGCGUGGUAUAACAUAAAGUUAGUUUCGUGUACCGACGAAUGCAGUAUACCCAUCAAGUGUUUACAUUUUUGCAGCAUCAAGUUGAACUCCAGAUUAUCCUGAAAUACUCGCCUUUUAAAUCCGAAACUGAACUAUUUGAAUAUUUUGACAAAAUCAAAACUAAAGGUAUAAACGGUCGUUAUUACCAUCAUCAAUAUUUACCAUUCGGCAACUGAACUUUCUCUAUUGCUUAUCUCUUAAAACCAGGAACUUUAGUCAUGGUCUUCAAUAUGAAACUCUUGGAUUCAGGCGAAACUGAACUCGAGGUACUGUAUAGAGUAUUAUGACCACGCCUUUGACUCUUUGAAAGUUUAGUGAAUAAAACAUCGUUCAAUUUUCAUGUAUUUUUUCUCCAGCCAUCUGAUGAUGACAUCGUCAUGCGAGAGUUGUACGAGGAACAUGUUGAUGAUAAAAGGUAACGGAUAUUUUUUAGGGAAUGAACUGAUAGAAAAAAAAGAAAUCGCCUUACUGGACCUCUGGGGAGAACUGCUUAGAACUGUCCAGAACUGGCGUAUAGCUGCUAAAGAUAGUUGAAUUUAGUUUUUGAUAUUUUUACUAGUGUUAUGCCGGAACGAAAAUCGUUUCGUGCCUACAGCGCCAUUUUGUAUUUGGACCCAAGAAUGAAGAUGUACAUUCAGGUAACAAUUCAUUUUCUAUCGUCGAUUGAGAAGUAAAUCAAAUAGUGUUUUUUAUCACACGAGAUGACAAAUCAAUCAAAAUACAUUUCAGGGGAAGAAAGUGCUUACAAAACGAUUGGGAGACAACUUAUACAGACCCAAGUAAGAAGGCUGAUUCACCCUAUUGCUCUACCCAUUGAGCGAAACUGCUGGUGAUUUUGGUUUAUCACUGAUAAACCCUAAUACGCCAAAAAGGCUUUAAUGGAUUAAACCUAACACGUAAAGAAUGGUGUUAUUACACGAAUGUUCUCUUUUCUUGCAGGAGUUAUUUCUUUACGUCGAAAAGAUUUAAAACUCGAUCAGAACGCGAGGCAAAUAAGGCCAUGGUAGACGCAAAAUCCGGUGAGCGUGUUAGUGAAUAUCAUGCAUGGGGUUUCUGCAUAUUACUAACUUCAUUUGUUUCAUUGUACCUUUUAGCUGGCGACAAGGCGAUAGAGCUGGAAACGAUCGCAAAGUAAUUACAUUUUUCAUUCUGUCCAUUGUUUGUACGACAUGUGUUAUUGACAGUUUUCGUGUUUUGUUUAGGGAAGUGCAACAAGAAGACCAGAGUAUAUCCAAGGAAUCUAGAGUAGGGAGUAAAAUAUUAAAAUUGCUUUUGAUAUCACACGAAUAAUCAGGAUUAUACCUGCGGGUUUUUUGUUUGUGGAAAUGUUGAAAUUUAAGUCCCAAUGAUGUUUUUAUUUUAGGCAAGAAUACGGCAAGCUCAAGACAGCGCAUUGAAAGCCAGAACAGAAGCUGAUCUGAAGAAUCAAAUUGCUACAACGAAACAAAAGUAAGAGAAGUGACAUUCAACGGCGCCAUCGUCUAACCAUGCUACCAUAAAGGCAGCGUGUUCGCACGUGCGAUCCUCGUGUUUCAAUCUUAUUCGAGUUCCGUUGUUUCUAGAUCUCUAAAAGAACCCAAGACAUUGACGUUUACGUUUGGUUUUAACAUCAACCGACGACAUUCGUACGGCUUGUUCGUCUAUAAUUGCAACAGGUUUGUUUGGAAAUACCGUUUGGCUGAUCUUGUUUCAAUUCUCGUUUUCACACAAUCAACAAAAUCUUAUUAUAGGUUGAUCAAAAUGUACGAGAAGUCAGGAUUUCAAUCUGAUGGCAAAAGGUUCGUUGGAUUGUGGUUUUGGAAAUAAAGCACGCAGCUAUAUAGGUUCAUGUAGUACAGCUUACAAUAUUUGAUUCUUCAGUAGUUUUGGAAAUAAAGAACGCAGCUAUAUAGGUUCAUGUAGGACAGUUUACAAUAUUUGUUUCUUAAUUAUUUAGAGCUUAUGCUGGAAUAGUUGGUUUUGUGGACGUACCGUAUCUCGUGUUGGAACCAACUCACAAUAAACAAGACUUUGCAGACGCCAAGGUAUGAAAAUACGGUGUGUUGGCGUGCAGGUAGUGACGAGAACAAGACAUCUGUGGAUUGAGAGGGAUACAACUACCUGGAAAUAUAAACAGAAAUGCGAGUGAAGGCGCUUCGUCGGAAAUGGACAAUUAGCCAUUAAUCCGAAGUUGAUGGGAGGACUGGGGACGAGUGUUAAAAAGUGCCCAAAUUAAGAAAUGAACCAAAUCACUAAAAGGACCACCUCAAAAUUAGUAAGUAUACAAAGUUUGAAGACGUUUACAUGAAUACCCUUCGAAUAACAAGCUUUCGAAAAUCGCGAUAUUUACUAUGAAAUGUAUUGUAAUUUCUUGUUUUUGGGGACGCGCAAAAACAAUCUUUUAAUCAGUAAUUUCACAAUUUUCGAAAGCCUAUUAUUCUAAGGGUAUUCAUAUAAACGUCUUCAAACUUUGUAUACUUACUAAUUUUGAGGUGGUCUUUUUAGUGAUUUGGUUCAUUUCUUAAUUUGGGCACUUUUUAACACUCGUCCCCAGUCCACUCAUCAACUUCGGAAUGGCUAAUUUGUAAGAGAGGAGAAUCGAACAUGACUGCUAAAAAGAACAUAAUGAAAUUAAUAAAAUUGCAAAGUUUCGUUGCAAAAUGGUUGUAAAGCUUGCAAAAUUUGCAAAUUUUGUAUAUGUUUGUAUUACGUGCGGAAAUUCUUACCACAUCUUCGGCUCAAAAAUGGUAACAAUUUCCGCACGUAAUACAAACAUAUACAAAAUAUGCAAACUUCGCAAGGCUAUAUUUUCCAUAUUUUACAACAUUUCUUAACCAAAUUUUGCAAUUUUACUAAUUUUAACAAGUUUUUUACGAGAAUGUACUUUUUUGCCUAGAUCAAAAAUUAAUCUAACAUGCGAGUGUCUAUUGGUAGCCUGCUAGUUCGCUUGAAACGUCGCUGCUCGUAUUUUUCAAUUAGUUGCAUGAUCCCUCUCACAAUCUGCAGCUGUCUAUGAAAAUAAUCGUCUCCUUUGUGAGGUCGGUUUGGCAAUAUCAACGACAGAUGUCGAAGGAGAAGUGUAGUUAAAUUUGAGAUAUAAAGUUCCUUCUAUGAUUUAGGAAUACAAACAUCUACUUCGUUCAAUGGGUGAACAUCUCACGCAGUAUUGGAAAGAUAACGCGCUUACCGGUAAGUCAUUGGCGGCGAUCUUUCUUUGUAUACGUUGCUCUCCUUGGAUACGCAGCCACCGGCGCCAUCUGCCGGAGAGAAAAACAAACAUUUCAUAUAAUAUCCCAGUCCUGUGCUACGUAACAGAAACUGUAUUAAUUUCAAUGUAUUUUCUCUUCAACCGUGUGGACUCUACUGUUAGUCAUUGCACUCCUUUGGGCUUUGAUGCAAAUAAUGAGACUAUGGAAAGUCGUCUUGACUUUGAAAUCCAAAUCAUAGUCAGAGCAAAUGAAUAUUUUCACUACAGUACAUUGUUUGAUGAAGAUUUACGGAUCGAAAAGUAGUUAAAUCAAUAAAACUUUAUAAAAAUUAAUAUUUUCUUAUACUUUAGAAAACAGUGUUGGUAAUUUCUGGGACCAGUUUGGUUACAUCUCUAACGACGUGGAGGAGGAACCAUCGGACGAACCGAAAUACCUAAGGAAACGAGCCAUGCAGUUGCCGUGUACGGUACAAUGUGGUAAGUAUCUGUAGAAAUGGUUAGAUGGGUUUCACAUGGUGAAAAAUUUCACAUGGUGGUCAACCUGAGUGACAAAGUAAAGGAAGUGUAAGAGAGUAAAUGCGUGUGUGCCAAUCAUCCUUACUUGCAGCUGAGAGCUAAGCUGAAUUGCAAAGGACUCAGCUCAGUCAGACGAGUGAUCAAGUCGAAGGCUUUCUAAUGGCGCCUCCGGGAGGAGGAUAAUCCCAACCCUGCCCAUCUACAUUCCCUGUUUAGGAGACUGGAGUGCAUGACUCUUUUCACACAAGUCUGCAGCAAGACUCGAACUCAGAGAUGAAAGGCGCCUGCUCUGACGCGACCGAAGAGAUGUAAAUUAAUUUGCUUCUACAACAAGUGUCGGCAGGUUUGAAGUCGACGACCAUCUGCCGCGUCCCUGACUGCAACCUAACAAUGGAUUGUUCACUUUUCCUCCAGUUAAUUAAAACAAUUUUCUAUCGCAGCCAAUUGUCUGAAAUGGAGAACGCUACCGUUUUCGGCGAAGAAUAUUGGACGAACAUUUGAGGAUACAUGGACGUGCUCAUCAAGCAAUGACCCUGAACGAAACAAGUUAGUUUUUUGUUUGUGGCUUGAUGGUAUUCACUUGUUUGUUUUGAGAGUAAAUGUUGUAUAAGGAAAAUCUUAGCAUAAGAUUAAAUCCUCCAGGUAUUAUUGUGAACGCCAUUUUCUACUUCAAUCGUAGCAUAGCUUAUUUCUUUGUUUCCUGACCACUAGAGUGGAACUAAUGACAUCCUUCCGUUCACAAUUGAUAUAUAUAGCUUUUGCUGUCCAAUGCAUCAACAUUUGAUUUACUUCCAAGUACUUGCUCAUGUGGCAUUGUCUCGUUGUAGGUGUUCCGCACCGGAACAGAAGUUCACCCCGCCAAUUGGAAGUCUUCAGAAACAAACCAAGACGGCUGAAGAAAAACAACGAGAUUUAAUAGAAGACAUCAAGAAAAAACAAGAGAAACUCAAUCAGCUUGAAGUAAGAAGCCAUUGUUAAAUCUCAAACCAAAAUACAGAUUUGCAUACAGCACACAAUGGAUAAAAUAAUGUCGAUCCAGGCUAUUUUACAUCCGUGACCACGACUUAUUAUCUCUUUCUCAUACCCAGGUUCCACCAAAACGGAAUGUGACAGCAGAACCAGCUAAACUUGUACUUCAGGUACUAUUUAGGGAACUUAUUAUAAAUUUUUAGGCAUUUCAACUUUCCUUCGUUCUAACCCUGAAAAUCCGAAUUUCGUUUUCUCAUGUUCGUCUCACUUACUUUAAGGUACCACCCAGAAGCGCUACCGUGCCUAAACCCAUUAUACCUAAGCCAACAAUUAUCACCCAACCUAGAACCACACCUCAAAGAAUUGCACAUCAACCAACAGCAAGGUCUACCCCUCAGACAACCACCAGAUCAACUCUUCAAGUGACACAGAGGUUUACCGCCAAGGCAGCGCCGAAACAAACCUCUCAACCAGCACAGAAACGAACCCCUCCGGCGAAACAGCCGACGCUACCCACCCCCAAACAGCCUGUGCGAGCGAUUUCCGCGCCUACCAAAGCAACCGGGAAACCCACAGCUAAAUUGGUAAGUAUAAUGGACUUGGCCUAGUAUGCCAUAUCUUUCUCGACAGAUAAAGUAUUUCUAGGUUGGAGUAUCCAACAACAUAUUGUAGUAAUUGUUACCUUGUUUUCAUGAAGACACCGAUAGCGAGACAGACGUCAGCUGGAACUAUUGCCACCAACAGAUCAUCAGUGACUGGCUCGAACAAACGAGAACAUCCUACGGCAGAAAAAGAGGUACGUUGUUAGUUGUUAUUACAGUAAAUAAAUACAGUCAAGAAAGUUUAAGGCCCUAGGACGAUUCUUAUCCUGGCGUAUCUACUCGAAUAAAAGCGUGUAAAAAUGUCACCUUUCAAAUUUCGCCACGAGCUGAUGAACAGGAAUAGUGGCGUCAGCAGUCAUUUUCAUACACCAGAAUGACAAUCGUAUAACGACUAUAGUCAUAUCGUGUAAUCGUAUAGCGAAAUUGGGCAAGAUAUCUAGAUAGUGAUAUUUUUCAAGCUUUGAUAAAUUGGUCGUUGAUUGAUAUAACCAAGAUUAAAAUUUAGUCAUUUUCAAGCAUUUUUACAAAGGGUAAAAAAUCACUAUCCGCUGGGUAGCGCUAUCUCCGGCCUUCGUAUAAACCACAAGGCUAUAUUACCUUACAAAGCACAUAAUCCAUUAUUUAUUGUGACGUGUUUUCAGAUCUGCGAGGUUCAACCUAAACGAAAGAGAAACGAAGUCAGUUCAUCUCAGGUACACCACACUUCACAACUAUUGUAAAGUCAAAUGUACUCGUCGCUAUUUCUCCAGUGAGGGCUAGAUUCAACAACGUUUUCUGAAUAAAAUUAUAAGAAUUUCUUAUCUAUAUAGGAUGUCCAAGAACCCGAGGAGUAUCAAUCUGACAACAGCGAUAAUGCUCAGAGUGAUGAUGCUAAUGCUCAAUCUAAACUUUCCAAAUGUAAGUACAGUUGAACACGAGACCUCGUUCUCAUAUAAGGCAUAUAUAAUUUAUCUUAACUCGUUUUGUUCCAAAGUAACAAUCUUUCGCACAUUUUCUAUUUCAGACAAGAAAGGUAUUGUGGUCGAGGUGUUUGUAACUCCGAGAUGGUAUGUGCCCUUAAAAUUUGUUAAUAUUUUGCUCGUGUAGAUGAUAAAUUUGUGACAAAUGCAUUUGUGACAAAUGCAUUUGUGACAAAUGCAUUUGAACAAAAGCUAGCAUGCUAGCUUUUGAUCAAAUGAAAUUUGCUCGUGUAAACGGGGCUUAACUAUCACAAGUUGAGAAUGAUGCUCACAAAACCGGACUAUAUUAAACAAUGCAUGUACGUUGUUUCUUCCUAGGUAUUUGGGCAAAGUUGUCGCCGUGAAACAUCGCAAAAAUGCUCCAGCGAAAGUGAAGGUGAAAUUCGACAAUUACCAGAAAGACAAAUACGACAAAUGGUAAGACAUAUAGCAGCAGUAUAUUCAUUGCAUUGAACUUGUCAUCAAAAUGGUAAGACAUAUAGCAGCAGCAGUAUAUUCAUUGCAUUGAACUUGUCAUCAAAAUGGUAAGACAUAUAGCAGUAGUAGUAGAUUCAUUGCAUUGAACUUGUCAUCAAAAUGGUAAGACAUAUAGCAGUAGAUUCAUUGCAUUGAAUUUGUCAUCAAAAUGGUAAGACAUAUAGCAGCAGUAGUAUAUUCAUUGUAUUGAACUUGUCAUCAAAAUGGUAAGACAUAUAGCAGUAGUAGUAGAUUCACUGCAUUGAACUUGUCAUCAAAAUGGUAAGACAUAUAGCAGUAGUAGUAUAUUCACUGCAUUGAACUUGUCAUCAAAAUGGUAAGACAUAUAGCAGUAGUAGUAUAUUCAUUGCAUUGAACUUGUCAUCAAAAUGGUAAGACAUAUAGUAGCUGUAGUAUAUUCAUUGCAUUGAACUUGUCAUCAAAAUGAUAAGACAUAUAGCAGUAGUAGUAUAUUCAUUGCAUUGAACUUGUCAUCAAAAUGGUAAGACAUAUAGUAGCUGUAGUAUAUUCAUUGCAUUGAACUUGUCAUCAAAAGUGACCUAAUGUUUCCCUUGAAUAGGUACGAUGAAACACACAAAGACCUAAAACUGUUAACGGUAAGUGAAUAUAUAAUGUACAUAGUAUUCUUCAAUAAACUGUCGAUGUUUUGCUCGAAGUAACUGGGUACUGAACGGGAGACGUCGAAAUUUUAUUAAACGUCCUUCAAAAUUAAGAUUAUCUGACGAAAACGUCAACAAUUUAUUUUAAUAUUUAAAAAUACGUUGUACGUUGAAAACAAUUUGGAAUAUUUUAACCCAACAUGAAGCUUUUUCAUUUGACCAGCUUCCAACUCCUGCUAUAUAUAUCUAUUACUAAAAUAUUAAUAUUUACCUAUUUUCUCCAUUCUUAGGAGGACUAUCCAAUGUCAGAAGAUACCAUGGUUAAUUCACCCUCAUCCACCACUCCUACCAGCACCACGACAGCUGAUCUACCAUCCACAGGUCGAGAAGCAACCACCACGUCGUCACCCACCACUGGUACCUCCCUGAAAGAUACGGUGAUUGCUCUGGACAAAAUGUUGAGGUAAGUAGUAGAUACUCCCCAUUCGAGACAACGGUUCGAGGGUGGUAGUGACUGGACUGUUACUUCAAUAGGAUCACAUUGUCAACUUCGAGGUCACGCUAUUGUUUCAGUAAACUGCUGUAAUUCAAAAUUAUACAAUUCUAAACUUUUCCCAUAUUUUGUUUAGGUCGUGUAUAUCUUAUAUAUUAGUACCAGAGUUUUCGACCACUUCACAUCAACUGGAAACUAUGUCGUUAGAAGAACUUCAGAACUUUCAACUGGUAAGUAUGCAAGGCUUGCAGUUCUCUGAUUAUAUCUCACCUCAGCCGCUUGCGAGAAAGAAUGCUUCCAGCGUGACUCUAUCAAACAUCGCAGAUUUUUCUGUAGUAACUGGAUUCCUAAGUGUAAAUAAAGUUUAGAAUUUAGUUUAGGUUUCCUCUUGUAGUAACACUGGACCAAUAAGAGAUGAUCCUUACUGGACCUCUAGGAAGAACAGUUUAGAACUGAUAGAGCUAUCCAGUAUCAAUAAAGUUAGUUUAGUUUAGGUUUCCUCCUGUAGUAACACUAGAUCAAUAAGAGAUGAUCCUUACUGGACCUCUAGGAAGAACAGUUUAGAACUGAUAGAGCUAUCCAGUAUAAAUAAAGUUAGUUUAGUUUAGGUUUCCUCCUGUAGUAACACUGGAUCAAUAAGAGAUGAUCCUCACUGGACCUCUAGGAAGAACAGUUUAGAACUGAUAGAGCUAUCCAGUAUAAAUAUAGUUAGUUUAGUUUCCCUCCUGUAUUAACAUCUAAUCAAUAAAGAAUAAUCCUAUAGAGCUAUCCAGUAUAGUAGAAGCACUGGAUCAGUAAGAAAUUGAUGGUGCAAACCAGACUUAACGCUCCGUAUAUUUUAUAGGAUAAACUUUUCGACGUUCACAGCGAAAGCAUGAACACGGUGAGUUCACUCUAUACAUAAAACUUUCUCUACAUAUGCAUACAAUUCACUUACAUGUUGUAGUUAUUGUAGAUGAUGGUUGAAAGAAACGAUGGGUUGUCCAAGAAACUUGCUGAAAAAGAAAAAGAAUUAGUGGAAAAUAAAAAACGUGAAGUCGACUGCAAGACGACCUUGUCGAACCUACGGCGGACGGCAGCGAAACUGAUCCGAGCGUUAAACGAGGUAGGUUGCAUAAACUCAUUGCUGAAGUGAGCAGUUGUACCCGAGAAGAGUGCUUCUAGUAUCAAACACCGCUGCUCUUUACACACGAUUGAGCUCUCCAGUAGAAAUCAUUAGUUCAGUUCAGAUAUCCUCCUGUAGUAACACUGGACCAAUAAUAGAUAGGGAGAAAAAUGUAGAAAUGAUGGAAGUGGAACUAUAUCCAAUAUAAAUAAAGUUAGUUUAUAAAGAUAUGAAAACAUUGAAUACCUUAUCUCCUGACAUCACAGAGUAUACAUCACUUGGGGAGCAAGGUAGCAGCAAAGUUCAAAACUCCACACAUAUGAUUCAGGAAUACAUGUAGAUCUGCUCUCUCCAAGAGUAAAUACGUCAUCGUCUUGACAAGACUUUACCUGCUGUUAGCUAAACAGAUUCUCAAAUUUAUCAGUCAGGAAUUAAAAACAAAUUUUCCUUGCUUUAGAAUCCAGAGGAGAGCAGUAUAGCACCGGACGAUGAUUCAGAGAAAGUUGACGUUCUAUUAGAAGCAAUUGCCGAGCAAGCAUUAGCGAGUGAUGCGAGCUGAUGUAGUCAUCCCGUUUUCUACCAUACGUGUUUAUACUAAACGUGUUUUGAUGUAUUUGACAUCGUGAAAUGAAGACGUGAAGCUAGGCUUUAAUAAGAUGACAAUUUAACGCCUGUUUUAGACGCGUUACUAUACUCAAUCCCCAACCUAGGAUAGCUCGCAUUAUAUAGUUAGUACUUUUGAAAUCAACAAUGGUGUAAGCUUAGGUACUCUUGUUAUAUUGAAUGAUUCCUUUAACUUUUGAAAUACUAGUACUAUAUACAUACGAGGUGUCAAAAGGUUGAGAAUUGGGUAAAAGUAACGAGCAUGAACCAAAUUUAUCUAUUUGCAAAAGUAAAAUUUUCCUAUCCCGUUUGUGUAAAAAUAAACUUCACAUUGCAAACACUUUACGGCUGAUCGUAAGUAUCAUUGUGAGGGGUUAUUAAAACGUUGAGUUAAGGGUCGCCAUUGCACAUUUGUUGACAUUCCUAUUUUGAAUUCAUUGAAUUUGUACUUGUUCUGUUGGGUUUUGCAACAUAUUUAUUAUAGUUGUAUAUUUUAUAUGUACGGACAACGCAUAAAUAAUAUUGUGUCAAUUGAUAUUUUUAAUAUGUAAAUAUUUAUAGAGUAUUUUUAUGAAGAGAUAUUAAAAUUGUUUUGAAAUGCGAGAAAUAUUUGCGCGUGUGUUGAGCUAUGUCCCUGUUAUGACACAUGCACACUUCUUGUUUCGAGAAAACCAUUUCAAAAGUUAAACCAUAUUCAUAUAAACAUUCUUUUAAAAAAUAUUAUUUAUAAAAAUGUAUCAAUUCAAAAAUAUUUUACUUUAAAGUUCUGUGCAUUUUUAAAUACUAUUUGAAUAAAAUAAAUGACUCACUUUAAAUAUCGUAGAUUUGAAAAUAUUUGCAACUAUUGAAACAAACCGUUCUCAGCAAAGCAUCAUCUGAAGUCGGUCAAAGGAUCUUCGCGACAAUUGAUUGCAUACAGCAAUUUCUCUCGCAUCACAUUCUGGGUUGUAUAUCGCGGUAAUUUCACCAUGAACAUACAUGUCUCCACACGAAUAUAACGCAAGUCGGGUGGACCUGGGAAUAUACAUAUACA